AUGGGCAAGUCGAGCGACCACCACUCGAACGUCGAAGAGGAGUUUAGCAAACUCGAACUGGCGCUGAACCAAACCGCAGGCGACACGUCGGUGUGUCUCCGCCUCUUGAAGAAACAAUUGGCCGAGUACGACCACCGCAAUGGGAAUCUCUUUACCCACUCGGCCACGUCGUACCUGCGGAGCGACAUGCGCUCGGCCAAAGACACGGCCAUGGAACUCAAGCACGUGGCGCAUCAGAUCAGUCGCAGUCCGAAGCCUUCGAAGACCGAGUUGACGUCUGCGCGCCAUGUGAUGAAUGAGACGUCGCGGACGAUGGAAGCGUUGACAACAACUGCUCGCAACUAUGACAAGGAGAAUGGCCAGUCGAAGGGCAUCAAGGGCACGAUCGACACGAUGAUGGGCGGGCACCACGACAAGGACAAGAAUGAAAAGCAGUCGCUGGGUGGACAUGCAACGGGCGACACGCACAGUGACAAGACACACUCUGGUGGACUCUUUGGUGGCGAGAAGGACGGCGGCCAUCACCACAAGGGGCUGUCGAGCCACGCGGACCAGAAUGGCGCGGGCAUUAUGGGCUCGACGGAUACAGUCGAAGGGCUGGUGCAGAAGAAUCUGCGCGAGAACUUUAGCGUCAAGGCCUUGGACCAUCAGCUGUCUGCGGCGGAGAAGGCGCUGUCGCCGUCGAUGAUGGAGCGGGCGAAGGAGGCGAUCCACGAUGUGAAGGACAAGCUCAAGGGCGACAAGACGAGUCCGAGCCACGGAUCCCAUGCUCAUGGCAGUGCCCCCGUUGGCACUCACCUUCAAGGCGGACCUACUCAUCCUGACCACGUGCACGGCGGGGGUCCUGUUGGCACGCACCUUCAGGGCGGAGCUGUUGGAUCCCACGCUCAUGGAGGUGGGCCUGUUGGCUCCCAUCUUCAGGGCGGCCCCACUCAUGCAGACCACUUGCACGGCGGGGGUCCUGUUGGCACGCACCUUCAGGGCGGAGCUGUUGGAUCCCAUGCUCAUGGAGGUGGGCCUGUUGGCUCCCAUCUUCAGGGCGGCCCCACCCAUGCAGACCACUUGCACGGUGGUGGACCUGUUGGCACGCACCUUCAAGGCGGACCCGUUCACGGCGGUCAAGUUGCUGGCAACCCCGUGCACGGCAGUUACCAACCGACGCACCCGACAGGUCACUCGACGGCUCUGUGA